CAGAUAUACCAGUUAGACAGUGUUAGUAAAAUUGAAACUCAGCAGCUCCAUUUUGUGACGAACGGUGUUUUUUCUGUCUUAAUAUUUGAUACUGUGCUGAUACAGGAUUUGAUUUUACACACCAAUGUUGGAGUGAAGAAAGUGUGUGUCUUGCAGUAAUCUGGAGAAGGAAACAUGACCUCCAACACGAGUGUAUCUGGAAAACAGGACUUAAAGAAAGAUGAGAGAUCAGGCUCACCAGAACCCAGCUGUGUGUCCAUGCAGAGUGAGAAGUCAAUAGAUAGGACACUACACUUCAAAAAACAAGACAGUUCUACUGAUGCAAGAUCAGACUCACCAGAACCCAGCUGUAUAUCCAUGCAGAGUGACAGGUCAAUGGAUGAUCCACUACACUUCAGAGUACGAGACGGUUCAACUCAUCUGAGAUCACAAAAUAAGUCAAACAUUAGCAGAAAUCAGUUGGAGUCCAUAUUCAAGGAGCUGGAAGACAAAGUCAUCACUCUGAUAAAGAAUGAGUUGAAGAGGUCUAUGAAGCUCCUGAGUCCUGAUUACCCAGCAUGCAUUGAGAAAGAGGUAGAGGAUAAGGAGCAACUGCAAGUCAGAGAGGGAGCACUGAAGAUCACACUGCAUGUCCUGAGGAGCAUGAACCACACAGAUCUCGCUAACACACUGCACAAAAAGUCUGUGGGCUCUGUGUAUCAGCCAAAGUUGAAAUCCAAACUGAGGGAGAAGUGUAAAAGAAUUAAUGAAGGAAUUUCACAGCAGGGAAGCUCAGAACUUCUGAAUGAGAUCUUCACAGAGCUCUACAUUACUGAGGGAUGGAGUGGAAACAUCAAUAAAGAACAUGAGGUGAGACAGAUUGAGACAGAGACCAGGAGACCAGCAACAAAGGAGACACCCAUCAAAUAUAAUGACCUCUUUACAGACAAGUCCAUCAGAACUGUGCUGACUAAGGGAAUUGCUGGAAUUGGAAAAACAGUCUCUGUGCAGAAGUUCAUUCUGGACUGGGCUGAAGGAAAAGCAAAUCAGGACAUCUUCUUCAUGUUUCCACUUCCCUUUAGAGAGCUGAAUUUGAUGAAGAAGGAAAAUCUCAGUCUGAUUAAUCUUCUUCAUCACUUUUUCCCAGAAAUAAGAAAAUUAGAAUUAAUAGACUCUGACUCCUACAAAGUGGUGUUGAUCUUUGAUGGUCUGGAUGAGUGUCGACUGCCUCUAAAUUUCCAGAAAAAUGAGAGGUUGUGUGAUGUGACAGAGUCAGCCUCAGUGGAUGUGCUGCUGACCAACCUCAUCAAGGGGAAUCUGCUUCCCUCUGCUCUCCUCUGGAUAACCUCUCGACCAGGAGCAGCCAAUCAGAUCCCUCCUGAGUGUGUAGACCAGGUAACAGAGUUACGAGGCUUCAGUGAUCCUCAGAAAGAGGGAUACUUCAGGAAGAGGAUCAGUGAUCAGAGCCUGGCCAAUAAAAUCAUCAAACACAUAAAGUCUUCAAGAAGCCUUUACAUCAUGUGCCACAUCCCAGUUUUUUGCUGGAUGUCAGCAACUGUUCUAGAGAGAAUGUUGGGUGAAGCAGAAAGUGAAGAGAUCCCCAAGACUCUGACUCAAAUGUUCACACAAUUCCUGAUCUUUCAGAUCAAACACAAAGACCAAAAGUUUCAUCAGAAAUGUGAUAUUGAUACUCAGCAGACCAGAGAGAGUAUCCUGGCACUGGGAAAACUGGCUUUCCACCAGAUGGAAAAAGGAAACCUGAUCUUCUAUGAAGAAGACCUAAGAGAGUGUGGCACUGAUGUCAGAGAAGUUUCAGUGGAUUUAGGAGUGUGUACCCAAAUCUUUAGAGAGGAGUUUGGACUUCACCUGAGGAAGGUGUUCAGCUUUGUACAUCUGAGUGUUCAGGAGUUUCUUGCUGCUUUAUAUGCCUUUUUCUCCUUCAUCAGCAGAAAUGUAACAGAACAACAAACCAUGGAUCUGCCUGAUCUUUUCAGAAAGUCAAACAUGUUUGAUUUCCUCAGGAGUGCAGUGGACAAAGCUUUACAGAGUGAGAAUGGACAUAUGGACCUGUUCCUUCGCUUCCUUCUGGGUCUCUCACUGGAAUCCAGUCAGACUCUUUUACAGGGCUUAAUGCCACAGACAGAAACCAGCUCUCAAAGCAAACAGGAAACAGUUGAGUACAUCAAGAAGAAGAUCAGGGAGAAUCCAUCUCCAGAGAAAUCCAUCAAUCUGUUUCACUGUCUAAAUGAACUGAAUGAUCAUUCUCUAGAGCACGAAGUUCAAACAUACCUGAACAGAGGGGGUUUCAUGUGUCUUACUGGAACCAGACUCUCUCCUGCUCAGUGGUCAGCUCUGGUGUUUGUGUUACUGAACUCAGAACAGGAGCUGGAUGUGUUUGAUUUGAGGAAAUAUGAUCGAUCAAAUGAAUGUCUUCUGAGGUUGCUGCCAGUGGUCAAAUCCUCAAGAAAAGCUGUGCUGCAUCAUUGUAAUCUGACAGAGGAAAGCUGUAGAGUUCUGUCUUCAGUUCUCAGCUCAAAUACUUCCAGUUUGAGAGAACUGGACUUAGAUGACAAUAAAUUGCAGGACUCAGGAGUGAAAUUGCUCUCUGAUGGACUGAAGAAUCCACAAUGUAGACUGGAGAUACUGAGCCUGUUCCAGUGUAAUCUGACAGAGGAAACCUGUAGAGUUCUGUCCUCAGUUCUCAGCUCAAACUCCAGUCUGAGAGAACUGAACCUGAGUUACAAUAAUCUGCAGGAUUCAGGAGUGGAGCUGCUCUCUAAUGCACUGAAGCUUCCACACUGUACACUGGAGAUACUGAGGAUGUGUAACUGCAAUAUAACAGAUAAAGGUUGUGCUGCUCUGGCUUCAGCGCUGAAGUCAAACUCCGCAUCACACCUGAGAGAACUGGAUCUGAGUUUUAAUUAUCCAGGAGAAUCAGGAGUGAAGCUGCUCUCUGAUCUACUAAGUAAUCCUCACUGUAAACUGAAGACACUAGUAAUUAAGUAUAAUAUACUCACCAGGACUGGCAUAUGACAAGAGUCUCACCUCAGACCUCUAUUCCAGGAUAAAGCAGUUUUGGUGAGGCGUUAGAACCUGGCCAGAAGUUUGGGAGCUGAAUCAUUCAUAUUCAGAUGUUCCAUAACAACUUCCAUAACAAUUACUGAGACUGAUUACCCACCUACUAGUUACCUCAGGCUUUAAUAACAUUCAACAGUCAAAUCCUUUAGCAUCUAAAAACACAAUACAGAGAUAUUAUCACAUUGAUUACAGAAAUAUAGAAUUUUUUUUUGAUUUUGAUUUUGAUUACAGAAUAUUUUUAUUUAAAAAUGAUAUUUAAACCUGUGAUCGUUCCUUAUAUAUGUUUAAUGGUAACCAUGGUAACAGCUCUCUUGACUGAUUUCUUGUUAAGGUAUUUUAAAUUAUUAAAAUGUUCUACAUUAUAGUCAGUAAAAUUGCUUCAAAGAUAUACUUUAUACUACAAGCUUGGGGGUAGAUGUUCAGUAUAGGGCCCAUUUGUCCCUGAAAGGACUAUUAAGAGAAACGAGUGUGAGACUUGGGCAGACGAGAAAGUGCACACUGGCCACCAAAUUACAUGGGAUUUUUUCCAUCUUUAUCAUCAUGAAGAAUGUGAUGUGGUGUCUGCCUUUGCUUGCAUGGGCUGAAAUUUAUAUAAUUAUACUUCUAUUGUAUAUUAUUGUAAUGUGCAUUUUAAUGAGGGUGUUGGUGUUUAAGUUUAUGUUUAUUAUUAAAUGUGUUAUCCUUUAAUGUGUGUAUGAACAGGAGUUAAAUGUACUGGAGAAGAGUGGAUUAAAUAAAUC